AUGACAUCACGAGUUUCGAGACUGGACCGGCAGGUUAUAUUAAUUGAGACUGGGUCCACCCAGGUGGUCCGGAACAUGGCCGCUGACCAAAUGGGAGACUUGGCCAAACAACAUCCUGAAGACAUUCUUUCGCUGCUAUCCAGAGUAUACCCCUUCUUGCUAGUCAAAAAGUGGGAAACGCGUGUUACCGCAGCCAGGGCCGUGGGAGGUAUAGUGGCCCAUGCCCCUUCUUGGGAUCCGAACGAAUCGGACUUAGUACGAGGAACAAAUGAAGGUUCUCCCUUGAACAACGCUCAAGUGAAGCUAGAUCAUGAAAUGCAAAUAAAACUGGAGGAGGCAACGCAAAAUAACCAAUUAAAUCUGCUCCAAGAAGAUCAGCAUCUGAAUUCUUUGACUGAUUGGAAAUUAAACGAGAUUUUGAAGUCAGGUAAAGUGCUUCUGGCAUCUAGUAUAAACGACUAUAACGUUCUUGGUCGAGCAGAUGACAAUAUAAGGAAGCAGACCAAAACAGAUGACAUCAAGCAAGAAAUACCUACAUACAAUACGUUCGACAAGGCGAAUGAAAAUAAGAAUAACGCCAACAAGAAAUCGGCAAGAAUGCUGGCAAUGGCGAGGCGAAAGAAGAAAAUGAUUGCAAAAAACACUUCCAAACAUCCUGUAGAUAUAACGGAAAGCUCAGUUUCCAAGACCUUAUUGAGUGAGAAAAAUAUGACGAGCACUGCAGCAUCUUCACCUACUUCUUCCACAACUGGUCAGCCAAAUCCCAAGCUGGAAAUCACCGAACAAACAGAUGACAAUAAACUGAUGAUAGAGUCCACAGUGAGACCCUUAUUGGAGCAACAUGAAAUUGUUGCCGGUCUAGUUUGGCAGUUUCAAGGCAUAUACGAACUACUUUUAGACAACUUAAUGAGCGAAAACUGGGAGAUAAGGCAUGGCGCUGCCUUAGGUCUUCGUGAAUUAGUGAAAAAACAUGCCCUUGGGGUUAGUAGGGUUAGGGGAAGGACUAGAGACGAAAACGAUAUAAGAAAUUCUAAAAGCUUAGAAGAUCUGGCGUCUCGUCUUCUUACGGUUUUUGCGUUGGACAGAUUUGGAGAUUAUGUCUACGAUACAGUUGUUGCUCCUGUACGUGAGUCAAUCGCACAAACCCUAGCAGCAUUAUUAAUCCAUUUGGACAAUAAUUUGUCCAUUAAAAUCUUCAAUUGUUUAGAGCAGCUGGUUUUACAAGAUCCAAUAGAAACAGGUCUACCCAAUAAAAUAUGGGAAGCAACUCAUGGUGGACUCUUAGGAAUUCGUUAUUUUGUCAGCAUUAAGACUGAUUUCCUAUUUUCACAUGGUUUACUAGAGAAUGUGGUACGAAUAGUACUAUAUGGUCUAAAUCAAACCGAUGAUGACGUGCAAAGCGUAGCAGCUUCGAUUCUAACCCCAAUAACAAAUGAGUUUGUCAAACUAAACACAUCCACCAUCGAUACACUGGUGACCACUAUAUGGUCAUUGCUGGCCCGUUUAGAUGAUGACAUUUCAUCUAGUGUCGGUUCUAUUAUGAAUCUUUUGGCAAAACUGUGCUACCAUCAAGAAGUGCUAGGUAUAUUGAAAGAUAAAGCCCUAGAACAUCCUUCAGAAUGGUCAUUUAAAUCUUUGGUACCGAAGCUGUACCCAUUUUUACGUCACUCAAUAUCGUCAGUAAGGAAAGCUGUAUUAAAUUUAUUAAUUGCAUUUUUAUCAAUAAAGGAUGACUCCACCAAGAACUGGCUGAAUGGUAAAGUAUUUCGUUUGGUAUUCCAAAACAUUUUACUCGAACAAAAUCCAGAACUACUGCAAUUAUCAUUCGAUGUUUACACCGCAUUGUUGGAACACUAUAAGGUCAAGCACACUGAAAAAACUUUAGACCAUGUUUUCAGUAAGCACUUACAACCAAUACUGCACCUUCUAAACACUCCAGUGGGUGAGAAGGGUAAGAACUAUGCGAUGGAAUCGCAAUACAUUUUAAAACCUUCUCAACACUACCAAUUACAUCCAGAAAAGAAGCGUUCCAUUUCUGAGGCGGCGACGGAUUCAGACAUUCCAAUACCAAAGAGCAAUGAACAUAUCAAUAUAGAUGCACCUAUGAUUGCGGGUGAUAUUACCUUGCUGGGACUGGAAGUAAUCCUCAAUACCAGAAUAAUGGGGGCAAAGGCAUUUGCAUUAACUUUGUCAAUGUUUCAAGACUCUACACUUCAAUCUUUUUUUGCCAAUGUUUUGGCUCGUUGUUUAGAAUUACCAUUCUCAACUCCACGCAUGUUAGCAGGUAUAAUUGUUACACAGUUUUGUUCUUCUUGGUUACAAAAGCAUUCAAAUGAAGAGAAACUACCUUCAUUCGUAUCAGAGCUUUUCAGUCCUCUAAUGAACAAACAAUUAACAAAUCGCGAUGAAUUUCCUGUCUUUAGGGAAUUAGUUCCAAGUCUAAAGGCUUUAAGGACUCAAUGUCAAAGUUUACUGGCUACGUUUGUUGAUGUAGGUAUGCUGCCCCAAUACAAACUACCAAAUGUGGCAAUUGUGGUCCAAGGCGAAACAGAAGCUGGCCCACAUGCCUUCGGUAUAGAAACUGCUGAAAAAGUGUAUGGAGAAUACUAUGAUAAAAUGUUCAAGUCCAUGAAUAACUCUUAUAAACUGCUGGCCAAGAAACCGCUAGAAGACUCUAAGCAUCGGGUGCUAAUGGCCAUCGAUGCAGCCAAGGAGUCAGCCAAGCUUCGUACAGGUAGUAUUCUGGCCAACUAUGCAUCCUCAAUCUUAUUGUUUGACGGCCUCCCUCCAAAAUUAAACCCCAUUAUCAGAUCCCUUAUGGAUAGUGUCAAAGAAGAAAGAAACGAGAAAUUACAAAAGAUGGCCGGCGAAUCUGUCGUACAUUUGAUUCAACAACUAUUAGAGAAUAACAAGAUUAAUGUUUCCGGUAAAAUCGUCAAAAAUCUAUGUGGGUUUUUGUGCGUUGAUACUUCUGAGGUUCCUGAUUUCUCUGUAAAUGCAGACUUCAAAGAAAAAAUAUUGACACUAAUAAAGGAGUCUAAUUCAAUUGCCUCCCAAGAUGAUAUCAAUCUAGCAAAAAUGUCAGAAGAGGCUCAACUCAAAAGAAAAGGUGGGUUGAUCACCUUGAAAACUUUAUUUGAAGUCCUCGGGCCUUCCAUUUUACAAACAUUGCCUCAAUUGAAAUCUAUUUUAUUCGAUUCGUUAUGCAGUCAUGAAAACGUAGAGAUAGAAAAAAUUGACAGAGAACAGGGCCAAAAAAUAGUGGACUCCUUCGGUAUUUUAAGGGCUCUGUUCCCAUUUAUGUCUGCUUCUUUACGUUCCGAUGAGGUUUUCACCCGUUUCCCCAUUCUACUGACAUUCUUGAGAUCGAGCUUAUCUGUUUUCCGUUAUUCGGCUGCAAGAACUUUUGCUGAUCUUGCCAAAAUAUCUUCUGUGGAAGUAAUGGCUUUUACCAUUCGUGAGAUUUUACCUUUAAUGAAUAGUGCUGGCUCUCUAUCCGAUCGCCAAGGGUCCACAGAACUUAUUUAUCAUUUGUCACUCUCCAUGGAAACCGAUGUUUUGCCUUAUGUGAUUUUUCUAAUAGUUCCACUUUUGGGUCGUAUGAGUGAUUCAAACGAAGACGUUAGAAAUUUGGCCACAACAACAUUUGCGUCAAUUAUCAAACUAGUCCCUCUAGAAGCUGGUAUUGCCGAUCCAAAAGGUCUACCAGAAGAAUUGGUGGCCAGCAGAGAAAGGGAACGUGAUUUUAUUCAACAAAUGAUGGAUCCAUCUAAGGCCAAACCAUUCAAAUUGCCUAUUGCAAUUAAGGCUACAUUGAGAAAGUAUCAACAAGAUGGUGUUAACUGGUUGGCAUUUUUAAACAAAUAUCAUCUACAUGGAAUAUUAUGUGAUGAUAUGGGUUUAGGGAAAACGUUACAAACAAUCUGCGUUAUUGCGAGUGAUCAGUAUUUGAGAAAGGAAGAUUACGAAAAAACGCAUUCCGUUGAAAGCAGGCCGUUGCCUUCUCUAAUAAUCUGUCCUCCAUCGUUGACUGGUCACUGGGAAAAUGAAUUCGACCAAUAUGCUCCGUUUUUGAAGGUUGUCAUUUAUGCUGGCGGUCCAACUGUCAGAUCAACUUUGAGACCACAGUUGAAAGAUGCCGACAUUAUUGUCACAUCAUAUGAUGUCGCUAGAAAUGACCUCGCAGUUCUAAUCAAAACGGAAUACAACUAUUGUGUUUUAGACGAAGGACAUAUUAUCAAGAAUUCUCAAUCAAAACUUGCAAAGGCUGUUAAAGAUAUUACAGCAAAUCACAGGUUGAUUUUAACCGGUACUCCUAUUCAAAACAAUGUCUUAGAACUAUGGUCUUUGUUCGACUUCUUGAUGCCAGGGUUUUUAGGAACGGAAAAGAUGUUCCAAGAAAGAUUUGCUAAACCAAUCGCUGCGUCGAGAAAUAGUAAAACGUCAUCCAAGGAACAAGAAGCUGGUGUACUAGCUUUAGAGGCAUUGCAUAAGCAAGUUUUACCUUUCAUGCUAAGAAGAUUGAAGGAAGACGUCUUAUCUGAUUUACCACCCAAGAUUAUUCAGGAUUACUAUUGUGAAUUGGGCGAUUUACAAAAACAACUGUACAUGGAUUUCGCCAAAAAGCAAAAAAAUGUAGUUGAAAAGGAUAUAGAAAAUCCUGAAGUUGUCGACGGUAAGCAACAUAUCUUCCAAGCUCUACAAUAUAUGAGAAAAUUGUGUAAUCAUCCAGCUUUGGUUCUUUCACCAAAUCACCCGCAACUAUCUCAGGUUCAAGACUAUUUAAAGCAAACUGGUUUAGAUUUACACGAUAUUAUUAAUGCUCCUAAGCUAAGUGCAUUAAGAACGUUACUUUUUGAGUGUGGUAUUGGCGAAGAAGAUAUGGACAAAACGUCAUGUCAAGAUCAAAGUUUCCCCAUACAGAAUGUCAUUUCACAACAUAGGGCUUUAAUUUUCUGUCAGCUGAAAGAUAUGCUAGAUAUGGUUGAAAAUGAUCUAUUCAAAAAGUAUAUGCCUUCUGUAACGUACAUGAGGCUAGAUGGUAGUGUCGACCCAAGAGACAGACAAAAAGUUGUCCGAAAAUUCAACGAGGAUCCAUCUAUCGAUUGUCUACUGUUAACUACCAAAGUAGGUGGGCUAGGCCUAAAUUUGACUGGUGCAGACACAGUUAUUUUUAUAGAGCACGAUUGGAAUCCCAUGAACGAUCUGCAAGCAAUGGACAGAGCCCAUAGAAUUGGCCAAAAAAAGGUGGUGAAUGUUUACAGAAUUAUCACCAAAGGUACACUUGAAGAGAAAAUUAUGGGUUUACAAAAAUUCAAAAUGAAUAUUGCUUCUACUGUCGUUAACCAGCAAAACAGUGGAUUAGCAUCCAUGGACACUCAUCAAUUGCUUGAUCUUUUUGAUCCUGAUAAUGUUGCUUCUCAGGACAAUGAAGAAAAGAAUAAUAAUGAUUCACAACCAGCCAAGGGAAUGGAAGAUAUCGCUAACGAAACAGGCUUAACUGGUAAAGCCAAAGAGGCACUUGGUGAAUUAAAGGAGUUAUGGGAUCCAUCUCAAUAUGAAGAAGAGUAUAAUUUAGACACCUUCAUAAAGACUUUACGAUAA